AUGCUGCGCACUUCCCUGUUCCUCAGGUGCGUACCCCCACUUUCUGCCGUCUACGGAAAAAGUUUUUCAGUUACACCGCGGGUAUGGCGCCGCAUUAGCGAGAAGAAUGCAGAGGAGGGCUACGGCAAUGACCUGCGGUAUUUGCGAUUGAUGAUUGAGUCCGGUGGAUGUCACGGCUACGCGUACAAGUUUUUAUUUGAGGAGAACAGCGAGUUAGUGGCGGAUGAGGACGUUGUGGUGGCAGAAAGCGAUGUCGUUCAGCUUCCCCAACCGAAGAGCCAGGAGUUGCGUACCGUAGCCGAAGGUGAGGGUGAAGGUGAUGUUGGUGAAAGCAAGGCAAAAGGCCCACCGCCACGGCUAGUUGUCGAUAAGCAUUCGGUAGCGAAACUUCUCUCGGCAGUGGUGGAUUUCCAUUCUGAGUUGAAGGGCUCCGCAUUUGUUGUUAUUGGUAACGAAUUAGUAGACAAGUCAUGUGCCUGUGCCAUGUCCUUCUCGAUGAAGAAGCAGCAGCAAAAGGUGUGA